AUGGCUCGGAAAGGCACGGAUACUGGUCCUGCCUCGGCAGCCUCGAGCCAGCCCCACCCCGCGGCCCGAUCUCGGCCCAGGGCACUGCAACUCCGGCCGCCAGAGGGGCCGCGCGGCGCCCCCGGGAACCGCGGUGAAGGGGCGGCCCUCGUGCAGCUGCGCCCGCGGGGGAAGGCGGGAACAGAGCGCGCGGGGCUUGCCGGGAGCUCCCAGGCGGCCCCGCGGCCCCCCUCCCAGCGUGCCCCGCGGCUGUGGAGGCCGUUGCCGCUCCCCGCCCGCCUGCCCGCCCGACGCGCAGUGAUGGGCUUCUCUUGGUACGGCUUCGCCUGGACGGCUCAUGUCUUUACCGCCAACAGUGCCCUGGACGUCCUGGUGAUCGUGUUGUACUUCCUGUUGGUCCUGGGCGUCGCGCUGCGGGCUAUGCUGUCAAGCAGCCGUGGGACAGCGGCAGACUUCUUCCUGGCCGGCCGGAGCUUAGCAUGGUGGCAGAUAGGUGCUUUUCUUUUUGCUGCGAACAUUGGCACUGGGCACUUUAUGGGCCUUGCUGGAAAAGGGGCGUCUUCAGGGAUUGCUGUUGGGGCCUUCGAGUGGAAUGCUGCAUUUAUGCUCUGUGUUCUUGGUUGGGUAUUUUCUCCUAUUUACAUUGAGGCUGGGGUAGUGACACUGCCCAGAUAUUUGAGGAAGAGGUUUGGUGGCUACCGGAUCCAGUUCCUCCUUGCUCUUCUGUACUUAUUCCUAUAUAUCUUCAGUAAGAUCUCGGUGGAGAUCUGCGCUGGCACCAUGUUCAUGAAGCUGGUUUUGGGGCUGGACGUUUACCUGGCCACCGUCAUCUUGCUGUCAGUCACCGGCAUUUAUGCCAUCACAGGUGGCUUUGUGGCUGUGGUUUAUACUAAUAUCUUACAUGCCGGCGUUGUGGUUCUGGGCUCAGUCUUGUUAAUGGGCUGUGCCUUUAAGGAGGUGGGAGGAUACCAGGAGCUGCAGCAUAGGUACAUGGAUGCUGAGCCAGCCCUCACCCGUGAAGGAAACUGGACUGCCCCAGAGCAGUGCUUCAUUCCUCGCCGGGAUGCUUUCCAUAUCUUCCGAGAUCCCAUCACUGGAGACAUCCCCUGGCCUGGGGUCAUCUUUGGCAUCUCCACCCUUUCCUUGUACUACUGGUGCACCGACCAGAUUUUUGUCCAGGGCUGCCUGGCGGGAAAGAACAUGUCUCACGUGAAGGGCGGCUGCGUCCUGUGUGGGUACCUGAAGCUGCUGCCCAUGUUCAGCAUCGUGAUGCCAGGGAUGAUCAGCCGCGCCCUGUACACAGACAAAGUGGCGUGUGUUGUGCCUUCAGAGUGUGAAAAGUACUGUGGCGCCAGUGCCAGCUGCAGCCCCAUCGCCUACCCCAUGCUGGUGGUGGAGGUGCUGCCCAGUGGCGUUCGAGGCUUGGUGGUGUCUGCACUCUGGGCUUCUCUCAUGUCCUCCCUGACUUCUGUUUUCAGCGGUGCCAGUGCCGUGUUCACGUUGGACAUCUACAGCCAGAUACGGCCGAUGGCCACUGAAAAGGAGCUCAUGCUAACAGGAAGGUUUUUUGGUAUAAUCUUACUUGCUGUCUCCAUUGCCUGGGUCCCUGCUGUGCAGAUGGCACACAGAGAGCAGCUCUUUGAAUACAUGCAUACAGUUUUAAGUUACCUGACGCCACCCAUUGCUGCCGUCUUCCUGCUUGCCAUAUUUUGCAAGAGAGUCACUGAGCAGGGUGCCUUCUGGGGGCUGACGGGUGGACUGCUGAGUGGCUCCUGCCGCGUGGUACCCGAGUGUGCCUACGCUCGUGGCUGCUCGACACACAGCAGGUGCCCUCGGAUCAUCUGUGGCGUGCGCCACCUCUACUUCGCCAUCAUCCUCUUCACCAUCAGUCUUUUAACCGUCCUGGGGAUCUCCUUGCUCACAGACCCGAUUCCGGAUAAACACCUCCACCGUCUCUGUUGGAGUUUAUGGAACAGCCGAGAAGAACGGGUCGAUCUGGACGAAGACACACAAGAGAAGAGCCCCGCAGCCCAGGCACAGCCAGACGUAUUCGAGGAGGCCAGGAGCUGCCUCCAGAAGGCCUGGGACAUGUUCUGUGGCCUGGAGCCGCUGCCAGGCCCCAAACUUGCCCCAGAAGAGGCAGUCGUGCAGAAGAUGGAGCGUGGUGACACAGAAGGGACGCAGCACAGAGACACAUCUGAAGGGACAAGGCACGGUGCCACGUCUGAAGAGACACAGUACAGGGACACAUCAGAAGGGACAGACAAGCGUGACGUGCUGAAAGGGACGAAGCUCCGUGACACGCCGGAGACGCCCUCCUGGAGGGAAGUGCCCACCGUCUGCGGGCUCCUCUUGGUGUUGCUGACAGCGCUCUGCCACGUCUACUUCUCCUAG